GCUUUUACAGAUUUUUAUUGGACUUGCAUAGAUGACUUUUAUCUGGAAUGUGUUCAUGAGUGUAUCGUGAGGCUUAACUUGUUCUAUUUUACGUCUAUGUGCAAGUCAUUGUAACGAUUUAGGCUUAGUUCCAGCUUAUAACUUACACGGUACGCUCGUUAUAAGAUAAUCAGAAAUGGAAUAUUUAAUUGGAAUAGCUUGCCAGGAUUUUGUUCUUGUUGCGGCUGAUACAACAAACGCAUCUGGCAUAGUUGUUGUACAGAAUGUUCAAGAUAAGAUGUACAAGUUGAGUGACCAGCUAGUGAUGGCAGCUAGUGGAGAAGCUGGAGAUACCGUUCAAUUUGCUGAGUUUAUAGAAAAAAAUAUUCAACUCUACAAAAUGAGGAAUGGGUACGAGCUUUCACCUAGUGGAGCGGCUAACUUCACCAGGAGGAACCUUGCCGAAUACCUUCGGAGUAGGACCCCAUAUCUGGUAAACCUUCUAUUGGCUGGAUAUGAUAAGCAUACUGGACCCGAGUUGUAUUUCAUGGAUUAUCUUGCUACAAUGGCUAAGGUGCCCUAUGCUGCCCAUGGCUAUGGAUCCUUCUUCACCUUGAGUAUAUUGGAUCGUUACUACAGACCAGGUAGUUCUUGUCUUAUUAAAGACGUCUAGUUUUUUUCUACAGGG